AUGGCCGCUCCCGGAGGCAGAGAUCCUGCACAGCAAGGGGAACCACCUCUCAGCCCCCCUUCGCUGAAGCGACUAGCACCAGCUCCCCUCACCCCACGCGGAUCUCCGGCGGUGGCGGCGGCCAAUCCACCCGCCAAUGCUGCCAGACGUUUCCGGCCGUACCGCAUGCCUCCAUCUGAAUCCCUCGGAUCCCCUGCCCCGUACAACCGCCGUUCCUCCCGGACCCAUACGCGCCGAUGCCUCCGAACCUGUAUGCCGCAGCCGCAGAUUGCCACUAACGCCGGUCCCUCCAUGGCGAACCUCCCAGCACUAGCCGGACCGCAAGCUCCUCCACCUGAUCAUCGUAUCGCCCCCGUGACGACUUCCUAUCGUCGUGGCCGCGAGUUGCCAUUGAUUGAGAAGCCGGGGGCAGUCCAUCGCCUUGGAGUUUGCCUGGAUCGAGAGAGUACGACGGAGGGAUUGUUCAACGGCAAGGGACCCCAACACUCAUGUCAAGUAGCGCGAUGCUCUUCGACACUCAUAUAUGGGCGGGUUGGACGGAGGGACGGAUAA